UAACGUUUGAACAAACAAACUUUCCUCAUUCCUCUCUCUCUCUCCAUUCUUGUUCGGUUACCACCAUAAUCUCUCUUAAUUUCUUCGCAACUAACUCCUGCACUUAUUUUCCUCUUCGCCUUCCAAUGCUCACACCCAUUCAAAUACACCCUUUUCUCUCCCUCACUCUCCCAUCACUGCUUCAACAUCACAUCCUUUUUUUCUUACACCCUUUUCGAUCAAAAUGGAAAGCAGAUGGAGAAAAGUCAAGCUUGCCAUUGGGAUCAACAAGUGUGUUCAAGUUCCUAGAAACAUUGACAACUCCUCUCUCCCCUGUGUCACCACCUUCUCCAACAGCUUUUUCUCCUCAUCCAAACACCGCUCCUCCGCCUCCCCCACCUCCACGUCCAGUCCCCGCCUCUCCAGAUCCAAAUCCUCCAAGGGGACAUGUGCAAUUUGCCUGAAUUCAGUGAAAGCAGGGCAGGGACAUGCCAUAUUUACUGCAGAAUGUUCUCACUCUUUUCAUUUCCAAUGCAUCACAUCCAAUGUGAAACACGGGAACCGGAUUUGCCCAGUUUGCAGAGCAAAAUGGAAAGAGGUUCCUUUUCAGAGUCGUUCUUCUAAGGUCUCCCAUGAGAUCAACCGAGUAAAUUCAUCGCAAAAUGAUUCGUGGACAACUCUUACAGGGAUGUUUCCUUCCCCACAAGCUGGUACAGAACCACAACAUGAUUCUAAUAAUGUUACUGAACCGGAUAUCUUUGAUGAUGAUGAUGAAGUCUUGGUUCAAGAAACUCCAGUUACCGAUGAUUUCAAUGAGGCUGAUUACAAUGCAAUAGACCCAAUGGAGAUCAGAACAUAUCCUGAAUUUUCAGCUCUUGCAAAGUCGGACUCUCAUGAUCAUUUUGCUGUAUUAAUUAAUCUCAAAGCUCCUCCUCGUUCAGGGAGAUCCGGAAACAAUACUGAAUCUUCAUCAUAUUUAUCAGCACUAAAUUCUCGUGCUCCAAUUGACCUAGUCACGGUUCUUGAUGUGAGUGGUAGCAUGUCAGGCACAAAGAUUGCACUACUAAAACGAGCUAUGGGGUUUGUCAUAGAGAAUCUGAGUUCAUCAGACAGGCUUUCUGUGAUUGCCUUCUCUUCCACAGCCUGGCGCAUCUUUCCUCUUCGGAGGAUGACAGAGGCUGGAAAACUUCAUGCACUGCAGGCAGUUUAUUCAUUGGUUCCGAGUGGUGCAACAAACAUUGAAGAAGGCUUGAGGAAAGGUGCCAAAGUGUUUGCUGACAGCAGGUGGAAGAACCCAGUUGGCAGUAUCAUACUGCUCUCUGACGGAGAGGAUUCGUUCAUAAACGGUAGCAGGCUCAAUCUUGGAGGCGAUUACGGGUCUCUUGUCCCAGCCUCCCUGCAUCGGAGCAGUUGUAUGGGCCAGCACAUACCCGUGCAUGCAUUUGGCUUUGGUGUUGACCAUGAUGCUACAGCAAUGCACAGAAUCUCCGAGAUCUCUGGGGGUACUUUUUCCUUCAUUCAAGACGAGGAUGUGAUACAGGAUGCAUUUGCACAGUGUAUUGGGGGACUAUUGAGUGUGGUGGUUCAGGAAUUACAGGUAGAAGUUCAGUGUGUUCACCCCAGUCUCCAACUUGGUGCAGUAAAAGCAGGAAGUUACCAAAUUAGCCGGACUGACAAUGAUAAAAUGGCAACUAUCAAGGUAGGAGAACUGUAUGCUGAAGAAGAAAGAGACUUUUUGGUGACAGUGAAUGUUCCAGUGGAGAAGUGUAGUGAUGAGAUGGCUCUGUUGGUAGUUAGAGGUGUUUAUAGGGAUCCCAUAACAAAAGCAAUGAAGGGUAUGGGAGUAAAAAAUGAAGUAAAGAUUGAGAGACCUGAUGUAGUAGUAGAUAUAGAUGUAGUUGAGUCGAUGGAAGUAGACAGGCAGAAAAACAGGCUUCGAGCUGCUAACGCAAUGGCUGAGGCUAGAGUUAGUGCAGAAUGUGGGGAUUGGACUGAUGCUGUUGUAAUUCUACAGAGUUGUCAGCAGGUUAUGUCUGAAAGCAUAUCUGGCAAAGCUGGUGAUGAACUAUAUAUUGGUCUUUGUGGUGAACUAAAGGAAAUGCAGGGAAGGAUGGCAAACGAAGGUGUGUAUGAGCAUUAUGGAAGGGCUUAUGUUCUCUCAGGAUUGAGUGCUCAUUCAGGGCAAAGGGCAACUACACGAGGAGACUCUACAGACAACACCAGUCUUCUCAAUACAUACCGAACCCCUUCAAUGGGAGACAUGGUUUCACGUUCUCAAAAUUUGAAUCUCCUCAAACCUGCUAGAUCCUCUUCUACCACCCACCCCCGCACAAUAUAGUAAUUCUUAUUUCAAUUUUCUCCUUCAUCGUAUCACCAUGAAUUAAUAAUUCACAGAUAGAACUUAAUAUUACAAUUUUCCGUAUCUCUAAAUUUUGGUAAGGAUAAUAAUGAAUGUUUUGAAGGUUGAUUGAAUUAUAAGAGCAAAGUGGGCAUUUUUUUUAAAAAAAUAAUGGGCUGAAUGAAUAAAGAGCCCAAACGAGAAAACACGGCCAAGAUUUAUAUGGGCAUUAAUCCCUGCACCUCCACCUGUUUGGCCUUCUACCUCCCCAUAUUUUUUA